AAAAAAAAAACACUUUUGUAGUGCCCUAUAUAAUAAAUGUGAAAUAGUAAUAUGAUUUUUAUUUUUUUUUAGGAACUUUUCUCUAAAGAAUGUCCAUUAGCAUGUCGAAAUUUUGUUCAAUUAUGUAUGGAUGGUUAUUAUGAUGGUACAGUUUUUCAUCGAGUUGUUCCAAAUUUUAUUGCACAAGGUGGUGCUCCAACUGGAACAGGUGAAUUCUUUGCAGAUGAAUUUCAUACACGUUUACGUUUUAAUCGUCGUGGUCUUGUUGGUAUGGUUAAUCAAGGACCAAAUAUUAAUGCUAGUCAAUUCUUUUUUACUUUGGGUAGUACUCCAGAACUUGAUAAAAAGAAUACAUUAUUUGGCAAAGUUGUUGGUAAUACAUUAUUUAAUAUGUUGAAAUUAGGUGAAGGAGAAAUUAUUGGUGAAAUACCAGUACAUAAACAUAAAAUAAUUAAAGCAGAAGUAAGAAAUGAGAGAAAAAUUUAUAGUUUUAAAAGAUUAUAUUUUAUAUGUAUAUAG